AGUCUGACUCGGUAGAAUAUAUUUUUAUAUUUUUGCUGAGAUGUCAUUAGUUGAAGAGAAUGGAACACUGAGCAGAAGUAGCUAGAAACACCUAAGUGAUAUGUGACUAGUGACUGUGGGACGUUGAAAUACAUCGAUUUGUUUGUGACCCUAAAAUGGAGGACUAUGUCACAUUGAUAUGCUGUUAAAACGUAACAUUUGUUACAUCUAUAUUCUAACGAAAACAGUAACAUUAUCCUCUGUGUGCACAAUUGUUACUGUGUUGUUACUUGUAACAAAGUAACAAAAACAAGUCUAGAACUAACUGGUGUUCCACCAUGCUUCCUGCACACGCCAUGAUGACCUCAUUAACUGCUUUCUUGCUCUGUUGUACCAUCACAUCGUCUCAAUCUCUGUCUCAGUUCAUAAUGAAUAUGGUUGCCCACCCUAAUUUAGACCAGUUUACCAAAAACUUUAUGAGAACCUCUGUAGCACAAGAGAUGUUUGAUAUCGAAGUGCCUCCGCCAGCCCCGACAACCCCGCCACCAGAGGGCCAGUUUGGCAGGCCAGGAGAUGCAAAUAUGUUCGUAUCAUCUUCUACUGGGCAAACAAUGCUCCCCGGAUCAUCGGCCCCGUCUUCCACGAGCUGGAAUAAUGCGCCGCCCACCCAGCAAGGUCAAGGUCAAGCUCAAAGUCAAGGCGACGUUCGACAGAGACCGUCUGAGGCGACCGCAGUGUGGACAGACAGACCCAUGCAACAGGAAAUGACGUAUGAUUUCCAAAACAACAAUAUCCCUAAAGAGACUUUUGAAUCUCCACAGUCGAGAUAUAAUAAUGGUAUUACAGGUUCGGGUCAGAGUUCAGGUCAGAGUUCGCAAUUCUCGUGGCCAACUAUGACGAACUUUGAUACGUUUCCUUUAAGACCACCGUUUAACAUUUUACCACAAAUGAAUGGAUUUUUUCCACCUACCCUACCACUGACUCCAAGAUUUGAUGCUAGCCAGAUGGAAAGCACGGCAUCUUUUCAAGGAAAUGCUCCAAGAAAUGAGAACUUUACACCAGGUAGCUACCAAUAUCAAGGAAGUGUUUCGCCUGGCUUUCAGAAUCCAAGCAAUACUCAAUCUAAUUAUCAGAAUCCAGGCAAUAACCCACCAAAUUAUCAGAAUCCAGGCAAUAUCCCACCAAAUUAUCAGAAUCCAGGCAAUAAUCCACCAAAUUAUCAGAAUUCAGGAAAUGCUCCUGUUAAUUAUCAACAUUCAAGCCAGGCGCCAAAUAAUUAUCAAAAUCCAGGUAAUGCUCCAACAAAUUAUCAAAAUCCAGGUAAUGCUCCUACAAAUUAUCAAAAUCCUGGCAAUCUUCCUACAAGUUAUCAAAACCCUAGCAAUGCUCCUAUAGAUUAUCAAAAUCCUGGAAAUGCUCCAACAAAUUAUCAAAAUCCGGCGAAUCUUCCUACAAAUUUUCAGAGGCAAGCUAGUGUUGCACCCAGUUAUCAGAUGCAAAAUAAUGCAGCAGAUAAUGUGUUUCGCAACAAUGUCCCGAGCGUUCCACAGAACCAAGAAAACAUGCCUGGAAAUUCACAAAGAAGAAAUUCGGAAAAUUAUCAACAUUAUGAAAUAAGCCCUGCAAAUUAUCCAAGAAGGAACAACAAUCCCAGAAUACCACAGGAAGUGCCGGAAACAACUCCUAGCCCUCCAAGCAAUCCUUCUCCCAAUUCAAUGCCCGAAAACAAUCAAAUAUUUAUUAACCCUCCAAGGUCUGAAUCUGUCUCACCCGCCGCGAGGAGUCAAACGGAUAACAAAAUGCAGGAGAGACUAAACGAGCCGAGAAAUAACUCACCAAACUUUCAAGCUCCACAAUGGACCAAUCAGGUGAAAGAAAACAUCCCAAGGAAUUCGCCAAUUAACCCCAUGGACCAAUUCCUGAAUGCUAAUAAUGAAAACAUUCCACCAUUUAUUGGUCAGCAGAUACCGUUCAUAAGUCAGAAUCAACUGCCGAAUAUUGCAAGGCUUUCCCCUCAAAUUCCGACCGGGCGAAAUCUCUUUGGGUCAGGUUACAGCAUGCCUCCCUUCACAGUCUUGACAUCCAGCUCCAGGUUUCCCAGCAACUUGCUUUACUUUCCUCCAGCCUCGUCACAGGCCAACUUCCCUUUACUUUUCGGACAACCAGCCCAGUCGCUGCCCACCCCAGCCCCAGCGCUGGCCAGCUUCGCGGCGAUGCGCCGCUCUUCGCCUCAUGAUUUGCUUAAGUCAGGUCAGGUCAUCAUGCCAAGGUCGAUUCCUUCGCCGUACGUCAUGGAUAAAAUAAUGUCAAUGAUUGGCUUCGAAGGGACGGAACUAGUCUGACCGAGUACCGUCUCUAAAUGCUUUUCAAAUGUUUUCUGUGUCUGAGAAUUGUGAAAGAUCUAUAUGUCACGGAACUCUUUGUCUUGAAAGAUUACAGGGCAGCAUAAAAAAUCUGGACUAAUUCAGUGCAUGCUAAAAACAUAUUCGUCACAUCAGAUUUGAGCGUAACUAAAUUGAACAAAACUUCAACAGAAGUUCUACUAUCACUUGUCCCGUCUGUUUUCUGGUUGAUGGAUCAAAUUGACUUCUAGUUUAUUUCAACGUUUUGUUUUCUUAUCUAAUAAAAAUGUUGGUUGUUGCUUGCCUUUAA